AUGUCAUCUUACCCUCCUUACAAGCGAUCAGCUGAAAAACAACCUCAACGACAUGACAGAAACACCGAAGGCAAUCCUUUUCUAAGAUCCACCUCGUCUGCUUCAAGCGUGCUCGGGGAUAGUCAAUUCAGUCAAUUUUCUCAGUCCGAAACCAGUGAUCGUCCUUUCAAGAGAACUCGAGUAGAAGUGGAUCUUCCGGAACGGCGUGCGAGCCCAGUAACUCCUUCAAGGAAGUCUUUUAAUUUCAUUCCAGAUCUUAGGGGUUUAAAAGAUUCCAUAUUUUCCCAAGGAUCCUUAAAUUCGAUUAGCAGUACCUCUCCUAAACUUGUCAAAGAUUUAUCGGAGACACGUCUUAAGAUUGCUUCCCUAGAGUAUACUAAAAAUGAUUUUGAAAGUAAGGUCGCUAGAUUGGAAACGGAUAAACAAAAUUUAGAACUUCAGAUUAAGGAAUUAAAUUUAUCCAUUGAGAAACUGAAAGGCGAUCGUAAAUUCUUUUGCGAUCGGGAGUUGGAAACGUCAAAGAAAUUAGAGCGCAUCGAAGCAGAGUUUUCACAGAGUGCGCAAAACUCUGCUCGUGAAUUGGGACGACUCAGAAAUGAAGUUAGUAAAUUAACGCAAGAAUUACAGGAUGCUCAGAAUUUCAAUCAAACAAAGGAAAGCGAAUACAAUCGAACCAUUGAAGCAUUAAAGUCAGAGAAUAAGAUCUUAGAACACAGCUUAGAAAGUUUGAAUCAACAGAUUCAGAGGCAGAAUGAAAUUUCGGUUUCUCGGCAGGCUCUCUUAGAUCAAGUUCAAGCGCAAUUGGCCGAGACACAACAAAAAUUACAAGAAUUUUAUGACAUGUCAUCUCAAUUGGACAAUGUCCAAAAUAUGAAGAAAUUAAAUCAAGAACAAUCAGAAUACAUACAGAGUCUGGAGCGAACCAAGCGUGAGCUUACAGCAGAACUGAAGCAUUUGAAGACUUUAUCACCAAGCAUUCAGAUACUCGAUGAAAAAGUUAAAACCUAUGAAAAUGAACUGUCGAAUAUGAAUGCACUACGUCGCAAAGCCGCGGAGCUGGAAGCUGAGAAUGCUAUGCUUAAAAAAGAAAAAGUUGAAUGGACAAGCUAUCUUGACAAAGAAAAAGACAUUGUUAAUGUCAAUUCAGCUUACAGUCUUUGUAAGGAGCUUGCAUCGAGAAGAAUUGAAAUUGAGUUAUUACAAGAAAGGGGACGCGGUUUGGAGGAGAAAAUAAAGAGUAAAGAUGUCGUGAUCGCGGAAAAUGAAAGCAAGAUCAUGCAGUUGAACAACAAAUGUGUGGCUGUCGAAAAUAGGUUUUCGAAUGAGCUCGAAGCGCUCAAAAAAACCAAAAUGCUGCUUCAAAAAGAGGUGGAAAUGCUUACGGAUACUUUGAAAUCGUACGAUGACGAAGAGAAGCAUCUACAACCUGACAAUUACGACGGUGAAAAAACAAAGAUUAUGGAAAGGGUCCUCAAAGAAUAUAAGAAAGCACUUUAUGAAACACGGGAAGGGCAAGUGACUGAACCUCCAGAUACUCGGCAGGCGGAAGAACCCUCAGAUCCAGCGGAUGCGAGUUUUCAUUCUGUUCAGGUUAUGCAACAAAAUGAAGAAUUGCAAGCAAUAAACUUUAACUUGGAGAAAGAGAAUGCCAAUUUAAAGAAAGAAAUAUUUUCUUUGCAAAAUCAAAUUUCCGUUCUUGAACAUACCGAAUUGAAAAUUCACUCUACAGAACUCAUAAAGCAAAAUGAUCUACAGCAGAAAAGCAUUAGAGAACUCAAGAAUGAAAAUGCGUUAUUAAAGAAAGAAGUAUCAUCGCUCGAUCAACAAAUUGCUACUUUGGAACAAGCUGUCGGAAGGGGAGAAUACAACCGAGACUCUACACGACUACUUGAAAUGAAGGAAAACCCAUCCUCGAUCGAUUAUGCUAUUCGUCAAAGUACUUUACAGGCAUUAAAAACGGAAAAUCAGCAGCUUCUUGAAAAAUUGAAAGGUUUUCAGCUAAUGCGUGAAGAGUCCGGUGAUGAGGAUCGUCAAAAGGAUACGAUUGAUGUCAUACCAAUCCAGAGCUUUUUGAAUUUGGAAGGAGAAAAUAAACAACUGGCGGAACAAAACGCGAAAUUAGAAAUACGCAUCACGAGAUUAUUGGAGGCAUGGAAGGCCAAAGCACAAGAAUUUAGAGAGGCUGUAUAUAGUCUUUUAGGUUAUAAGUUGGAAUUUCUCGAAAAUGGAAGGGUUCGUUUGGCAUCCAUGUACUCGGAACAAGACGAUCAUUCCUUUGUAUUCACAUCGGAUGACGAUAACCGCGGUACCAUGCAGUUAAUUGGAGGUGGAAACGCGGAAUACAUCAAAAGCUUGGAUGACCUCAUUAAGUUUUGGGUUGUUGAUCGUGGGUCAAUACCGUGUUUUUUAAGUAGCUUGACAAUUAAAUUGUUCGAAAAUACAACGUUUGGUCCUGUCGGCAGGGACAUGGAUAUGAGUGUCAAUAGUAACGUGAAUUUUGGAACAAGUAGUUACGAUAAUUUGAUGUCUGAAUAG